AUGACGCAUGGCAAGGAAGAGAGAGCUAAAGUAAGGCGACCUGUACCGCACCAGCUCGAUCGAUCCCGUCACUGCAGCAGUAGCUCGAUCGAUCCCUUCACUGCAACAGUAGCUCGAUCGAUCCCGUUACUGCAACACCAGCUCGAUCGAUCCCGUCACUGCAAAAGUAGCUCGAUCGACCCCUUUACUGCAGCACCAGCUGAUCCCGACACAGCAACAUUCGAUUGA